AUGACCCUCCCCAGCAACAACAAGCGCAUCCUGCUCGCCAAGCGUCCCGAGCGCGGCCCCAUCAACCAGGGCACGUUCAGGAAGGACGCUACCCCGCUCAAGACGCCCGGCGAUGGCGAGGUCGUGAUCAAGAUCGAGCUGCUUAGCACUGACGCCGCCAUGCGCAUGUGGCUCGUCGACACCCCCUCGUACAUCCCCCCCGUCAAGGUGGGCGAGUGCAUGCGCGCCCAGGGCCUCGGCCGCGUCGUCGAGUCGCGCUCCGACCGCCUCAAGGUCGGCGACCUCGUGUCCGGCACCCUCGGAUGGCAGGAGUACUGGGUCGGCCCUGCGCGUGUGCUUGAGAAGCUCGAGACCCCUGAGGGUGGACGCGAGAUUGACCACCUCGGCUUCCUGGGUAUCUCGGGCAUGACUGCGUACUUUGGCAUGUUCGACGUUGGCCGCCUCAAGGGCGGCGAGACCGUGUGCAUUACUGGUGCGGCUGGAUCCGUCGGUUUGAUCGCCACGCAGAUUGCCCUCGCGCACAAGAACUGCAAGGUCAUCGCCAUUGUCGGCAGCCAGGAGAAGGUCGACCUCCUCGCCAAGAUGGGCGUCCACUACCCGCUCAACUACAAGGUGCCCGGCUUUGCCGGCCGCCUGCGCGCCGCCGGUGGCAUCGACGUCGUGUUCGAGAACGUCGGUGGCGAGAUCCUCGACCUCCUCCUCGCCCAGAUCCGCCCACACGGCCGUAUCGCGCUCUGCGGUGCCAUCUCGCAGUAUAACACCACCAAGCCCUACGGCGUGCGCCUCACCCCGCAGCUCAUCACCAUGAAGGCCAAGAUGGAGGGCUUUAUCGCGUUCGACUACGAGAAGCGCUACCCCGAGGCCCGCGUGUACCUCGCCGACCUGGCCAAGCGCGGUCUGCUCAAGUACGACUACCACAUUGUCCAGGGCGGCCUGGACGGCUGUGUGCCCAGCCUGAUCGACCUGUUUGCGGGCAACAACGUCGGCAAGACCGUGGUGCAGUUCCCCGAGGUCGAGGAGAGGAACACCAAGCUCUAA